AUGGCCAAAAGGGCGCCCCCCACCCUCCCCCCCUCCGAGGAACGGCAGCACCUGGAGCAGGGCGGGCAGGCGAUGGCUGCCUCGCACCUCGCGAUCCGCCUGGAGUCGGCGCGGCUGGUGACGCUGAUAAAGCUGAGUGAAAGCAGUAGAGAAUCAUCGGGAUAUAAUCGUCACGGAGCCUUCAGAGCAGACACAUCUUUGACAGGACCACGGCAGUACGAGCCCGUGGGCCACCGGUACCGGGUUUACGGGAACUUUGUGCAGUACAUGCCCUGGACGUUCGCUUUCAGAAUCUCUUACAUGGGGUUUCAGAUAUUUGAGAUCAAUCUUGAUUUGAAGCUUUCAAUUGUCUAUGAGAUGGGCCUCCAAGAUGUCGUCUCAUACUAUACUGGCAACGAUCCGAUCAGGAGCAUAUUUAUAGCCAUGGACUCAGGUUGGCACUUUGGUGCCGACAAUUUUGAGCUUGUGAAGGGGAUCAACUGCCCGCACACUGCCACAUACCUGGACACGUACCACUUUGUGAAAUCGGAGAAGCCGCUGAAAAAUCCGAACUCCAUCUGCAUUUUCCAGUACAACACAGGAGUGCCAUUGCGUCGACACUUGGAGGAUGAACACCGGAGAGGCUUCUCGUUCUGUGGUUGCUUGGUCAACUAUGUACUCGUGAUUAGGAGUGUCAACACAGUGUACAACUACAAUUACGUCGUGAACUAUAUUUUCUACCAGAAUGGAUUAAUUGAAGCAAAGAUUCACUCCACUGGGUACCUCGUGGUGACGUAUUUCCUUGGGGAUGGACUCAAGUAUGACAACAAAAUAUUUGACCACGUCCUUGGCAAUGUGCACACGCACAUGAUCAACUACAAACUGGACAUGGAUAUAGUGGGCACAAGCAAAAGCUUUAAGACUGUGAACCUGCAGCUCGAAAACACGACCGUCGUUUGGAGCCCAGAGCACACCAAGGUCAUGCCCAGCGUGAAGCACGACCUCAAGGAGACAGAGUCGGAGGCAGCCUUCAAGUUCGACGUCAGACUUCCAUACCUGGUGUUCGUGAACGAGAACUCCAGAAACAAGUGGUGCGCCCAGCGUGUUUAUCGCGUGCAGCUCACGAGCCACGAAAACCCCCUGAUGCCAGUGGAGGAGAAUCGCGUUGCGUGGAGCAGGUCAGAAACGCCGAGGUCCCUAAACUGUGGAAUCGGCUCACACAAAAAGCAGGCGCCGCGUGUCUCAGGCGCCAUUGAUGUACUUCUCGACCACGAGUUAAACGAAGUUAUUAAUAAACCGUUCAUCUUCUUGUUUCUUUCGGUAUCAGGUAGCGGUGCAAAAUGGAAGGAGACAGAGCUGCACUGCAGCAGUAUCUACAAUCAACAUGACUCGUUGGAUCCUGCCGUUUACUUUCAGGACUUCAUAAAUGCCAAUGAGAACAUUGUCAAUCACUCGGAUUGGCUUUGUACAGCGCGAAAGAAGUUCAAGUCUAUAGAGUUGUGCUAUGGCUGUGGCUGUGCCGCUGGGCAGGACCUGGUGGCCUGGGUGACGGUGGGCUUCGUGCACAUCCCCCACUCGGAGGACGUCCCCAACACAGCCACCGCCUGCAACGGCGCGGGCUUCUUCUUCCGACCAUUCAACUUCUACGAUGAGGACCCAUGA